AUGGCUUCGGCGGCCGGGGAUGCCUUCUGGUAUGAUAAGCCUUAUGCCGAGCUGCUCGGGCUUGCGGGGCGGUUACUUAGUCGCAUUGGCGAUUGUUGCGGAACAAUCAAGGCAAAGAUGAUCCUCACCGUUUCUGGAUCAAAGCCAUGA